CUCUCAAUUGUCAACUUUAUUGUCCUGUUCUCUUUUUUUUCGUCCUCUCCACAUCACAAUCCGAAAUGUCCAAAGCGACCAAUUUAAACCAGCUGGGCUGGAAACCUGUCCAAAUUCCAGACAAACUCGAUGAUUUUGAGGGACUUUUAGAGCUUGAGGAGCUUGACGGUGUAGAAGUUAAAUAUGAAUCUGCUGGAAAAUUAAAAAUGCCGGUCUAUGAGCUUGUGAAACCCGACACAGAUGCAAAGAAGUCUGCGGAGGAAAAAACUGAUAGAAAGGAGGCAAAACAGAAUAGCAACCUGAAAAGAAAGCAGUCGCCGGAAAGUCAAGAAACCAAUUUAAAGAAGAAGCAAGGAAAAAAAUCUAAGAAGAACAAGGCAGAGCGACAAUUAAAGUCGGAAACAGGCGGAGAUGAUGCAGAAGAAAUCGAGUUCACUGGAUUUGGCAGUGAAGAUGAUUCCGAUUCAACAACUCAAAAAUCUCAUUCUUCGGCUAGUGGCAACGAGUUUCAAGCCCUUGAAGAUGAGGAUGAAGCGAAUGCUGUGGACGUAUCAAAAUGGUCAAAUAUUCCCUUGUCAGCUGCCAUUCUCGGUCGGCUUUCUAAACUUGGUUUUUCAGCUCCAACACAUAUUCAGGAGCUGGUUUUACCUGUAGCUAUGGCCGGUUCUGAUGUGAUUGGUAAAGCAGAAACAGGUUCCGGUAAAACCCUUGCUUUUGGAAUCCCUAUUUUGGAACAUUGUUUGCGGAAUAUCAAUAAAGGUAUUCAAGCUUUGAUUAUGGCUCCUACCCGUGAGCUUGCUCAACAAAUCUAUAACCAUUUGGAGCAAUGUAACCCAUCGACUGACAUUCACAUUGUUACCGUCACUGGUGGUUUGGCUAUUCAAAAGCAGCAGCGCUUGUUAGCUAAAAAACCAUCCAUUGUCAUUGGCACCCCCGGCCGUUUGUGGUCCGUCAUUUCGAGUCAAGGAUUCGACGAAGAGUUUAAAAAUGUUAAAAUGCUUGUUCUUGAUGAGGCAGAUCGCUUGUUGCAGAAGAAUCAUUUUGAAGAGUUACAUAAUAUUAUUGAUUUGCUUGGUAACCCCAAACAAACAAAUCGCCAAACAUUCAUUUUCUCUGCCACCUUUGACGCUCACUUGCAAGAGAAUUUGCGUAAAAAGCAAUUAAUUGACGGAAACGAUAAACAAUCCAUGGGCUAUCUGCUGAAACAAAUCCAUUUUCUUGGUCGCCCUGAGUUCUUGGAUGCAAAUCCCGAAACAUCUGUCGCGACAAAGGUAACUGAAGGGUUAGUUGAAUGCAUUCCCUCGCAAAAGGACCUCUAUCUUUACUACUUUCUACUGCGUUAUCCCGGAAAAACAAUUGUUUUUGCCAAUGGUGUGGAAGACGUCAAACGGGUUACCCCAUUGCUGAAAGAACUUGGUGUUAAGGCUCAUUCGCUUUACGCUCAAAUGGAACAGAAAAAACGUCUUCAAGCAUUGGAACGGUUUAAGUCGGAGAAGGAUGCUAUCCUUAUCGCUACAGAUGUUGCAGCGCGUGGUAUUGAUAUUCCCUCCGUCAAGCAUGUUAUUCACUAUCAUGUUCCACAUACAGCUGACAUGUACAUUCACCGUAGUGGUCGUACAGCUCGUGGCACUGAACAAGGUUUGGCUAUUCUGAUGUGUGGUCCCAAGGAGUUGAACCAAUUGAAGAAAUUACUUUACCGAUUGAAACGUAAUUUGGACGAAUUGACCACAUUCCCGGUGGAUGUGGAACUACUUGGACGGUUUCAACCCAGAGUCGAUUUGGGUCACAAAAUUGUGGAUUUAAUGCGUCAAGAUGGACGAUUGGGUCGCGAAGAAGCAUGGUUAAAGGCCGCCGCUGAAGAACUUGGUUUGGAAUCGUCCGACGAUUCGUCUGACGAAGACGGUGGUCAUAGCAAAAAGCAGGUAUCCGCGACUCAAAGACAUCAAAAACUUCGCGUACUGCGAAGUGAGCUGCGCGAGUAUCUAAAUGAGGAAAUCCGCGUUGGAUUUUCCAGUCGUUACCUUACCAGUGGAUUGGUAAACAUGGCCGAUAAGCUUGUUAAAGGUGAACAGCAUAAGACUCUCAUUGGACUAGAUACGCAGGAGGCUAUUGAUGUUUUGAAGCGUAAAAAGAAGGCAAAGCCUCAACAUUAGCAAAUAGGUAACAGCACGGUUGCUGAAUUGGUUAUUGGGCACAUCAUAAUUUUUUUGGGUUCUUUAAACUAAUAAAAUGGGUAUAACAGUGGAAAUUGAUUGAAUAAAAUAGACAGAUAUGCCGAAA